AUGCAGAAAAAGCUAGCAACAAGGGUCUACACGUGGGGGGCAGGGGAUGCAGGCCAGCUGGGAGUUGAAACUGAAAAUGCAUCCGCACCUGCUCCAAUUGAACUCCCUUUUUUCUCCGAUAAAAAUAUCACUUCCAUCGUAUGCGGGGGAAUGCACUCUCUCGCUCUCUCUGAAGAUGGCACCCUUUUUUCGUGGGGCUGCAACGACGAGGGAGUUCUCGGGCGGGAGGGAAACGAGGAAGAACCUGAAAAGGUCAAUUUCCCAGAAAAAAUAAAAAUAAAAAAAGUCGUUGCUGGAGACUCGAUCUCAGCAGCUGUCGAUCAAAACGGCAGUCUCUGGACGUGGGGACUCUUCAGAGGACCCGGAGGAGUCAUAGGACACGCGAAAAGAAGAAACGAGACUGUAAAGAUGCAGAGAACACCUGAAAUCGUCCCACGCAUAAAAGUACGCACUCUAGCAGCAGGAUGCAACCAUCUCGCAGUCGUAGACACACGCGGAAGACUCUUCACGUGGGGAGACGGAGCAACAGGAGCCCUUGGAAGGUACAUCUCGAAGAGAAAGGGCGUGGAGGAAGGCCUUAUCCCAAGAGUUGCACUCACAGGAGUCUCAGACGUAGUCGCAGGAGCAUACCAUACGAUGGCAGUGAAGGAGGAAGAAAGCACAAGAAUAAAGCGCAGAAAAGUCUCCACAGACGGAGAAAGAGAAGAGACUUGCCUAAUAACAUUCUCGGGCGUAAAUAACUUCGGACAAGCACCAGGAGCAUCCCCCACAGGAAAGUGGGCACCCUGGAGAGAGGAUAAGAACCUGAAAACAUUCAGGAAGGGCAUGGGAGGAGAACAUAGUACACACGUUCUAGAUACACGCGGAAGACUCUGGGCCGUGGGAAGAAAUACUUUCGGACAGCUCGGAGUUGGAGACGAUAAAAAUAGGCAGGAGUUCACAAAGUGCAGGAUCGAAAACGUCGCAGACUUUGCAAUUACAGCAGCACACGCUCUUGCUAUCGCAGACGGAAAACUCUUCUCCUGGGGAUUCGGAGAGGAGGAACAGCUCGGAUACGAGGCACAGAAGCAGAUGGACCCGAGAGAAGUCGCUCUGCCGAGUGGGGAAGUGCCAAUUUCUGUUGGCGCUGGGGGACAGCACUCGGCAGUAGUCACCGCAUGCCACGAGAAGUGA